AUUAGCGUCAUCAAGAGAGCGCCAGAAUGCCGUUCGGCCGGAAGUCCCCACUCGAAGCGCUGGCCAUGCCCGGUGCCAUCAUCGCUUACAAGUACAGCCAGUUCCGGCAGCGACGACGGGAGGCCGCAAACAGGCGCGUCACGGAACGGGAACUGUCGGCGCUGCACACGAAAAUCGAGAAGCUGUUAUGCAAGCUGGAAGAAAGUGAACUGGAACCGCCGACCUCGCAGGAGGACGAAUGCGUCAUCUGCAUCAAUGCGCGGGCCACGAUGCAGACAUCGCCCUGCGGUCACCGAGUCGUCUGUCGCCGAUGCUUCGUCAAGACGAUCCAGAGUGCAGUGGCGCAGCGCCUACUACCGCUGCGAUGUGUUAUUUGCCGAGCGCGCAUCAAUCGUCUCACGUCCGGAUCGACGUCCUGGCGGUUGCAGGGUUCCGCCAGUAGCUACUCGAUGGGCAGCAAAAGCUGGAGCGUACCGGGGUCGGCCAGUUCGUACAGUGUUGAUGCCCGGGUCACCCAGUCCGCUAGCCUGUACUCGAUGAGUUCGGGUUCGUCGUGCGUGUCGGGCAUCUCGAACAUGUCCAGCUGUUCUGGCACGUCCGCCACGUCCGGUAUGUCUUCCAAUGGGUCCUCGACGGUCAGCACCGGUUCGGAGACGGGUUCGCUGUUGGUGCAGCACAAUGGGAUGCAUCAGCACCACCCUCACCACCAUAAGCAUGUUGCGGGAGGAGCGACCGGUGGAUGCAGUGCCAGCUGCAGUACCAGCGGAUGUCUUGGUGCGAUCCCGCGUAAUCCUGCCUACCAGCACUACCACAAAAAGGGACAAUACUACAUGAAGAGCCGCCUUCCCGAGAUGCCAAAUCGGUUACCGCCGAUCAUCGAGUUCAAAAGCCCCACACGCCACAGGACACCGUCACCGGCCAAUCCGGGUGCGAGGUUCAAAUACUACACGCAACCAGGAAAACCAGCCGGCCAACCGGUGGAAUCGAUACCACUGAUGACGGUGGAAAAAAUUGGCCCCGCUAAACCGGCGCACCUCGGUCCGAACAAACUCGGGCUCAACUCGGCCAAGAUUGUCCCGGUGGCCUCCAAGUCGCCGAUUAACAAGACGAACAUGGCGACGGGCAAACCGGUCACGACCUCCCUCAUGACGGCCGCCGUCAAUGCGACGGCCACUCCGAAGGCCCGGGUGCUGUCCGCUUCCGCCUCGACCAGCGGCAUCGGAACAGGCGCUGCCGUCGCCGGUCCAUCGGGGCUCUGUGGGCGUUCCGUGGGUGGUGGUGGUAAAGGUCCUGGUGGUACCAGGGCACCGUCACCUGCCGGCACUAGCGGAACAACCGCCAAACAGGACGAAAAGUACGACAAUAAGAAGAACGAAACGAUCGAGAAGAAGAAAAAGGAAGAGAAAGCGAAGCAGAAGGCGGAAAAGGAGGCCAGGAAGGAAGAGAAACGGAUCGCCAAGGAGGAGGAAAAGCUGGCGAAAAUGCUGGCCAAAGAGGAGAAAAAACGGGGCAAAAAGGAAGCAAAGGAGGCUCUGCUCGCGCACGAAGGAGGCAGCAGCAGUGGCAUCAAGUAACUGUGGCAUCACUAGCGGCCACACCACCUGGCACGCCUGGAUCGCGAACAGCAUAGCAGCUUCCGGUUCCACGCUCCACAGUCAGAGGAAGCACAAGCACAGUAGAAGUUCGCAACUGUUGUGGCCAGGAAUCGCAAAACAGAGUCCCCUUUAAGGUUAGGGACACACAGAAAGUCGAACGGGGGUGUUAGUUAGCAGGAUUGAUUUCUUCCAGACCGCCGAACGGCGAUUUCAGCGAUGGAUCAUAUUGAUUCAUGAGCAUGAUGUUAUGUUCGUCCUUCAUUCGACCAGUUGCUGGGCCUGAAGCGAACCAACGAUGGCGGUGAAGAAGAGGAUGAAGAGGGUUACCCCAAAGAAACAUAUCGCAAUCAUCCCACUCGUGUACGGCCUUCUUGCAAGGUGCGCACCCGCCUCUUCUUCUUCUCCUAGCAAGUAGUGUUCGGUCUAGUCAGCCAUGCCUCGAGCUGACAGUUGACGUAACGAGCAGCAACGAACAACGACAGUAGCAGCACCCACUAGUGGCCACAAUCUGUGUAACGUUUAUGUUCCUAAAGGCCGCGCCGCGAAUUCCGGUGCAAUCCGGAACCGUUGUGCAUUCAGGUGCCAGCAGCAAGCGUCAUCACCAUCAUCACCAUCAUCAAGUAUCAUCGCAUUCCUCCCGUUUUUCUAGUGGCCAACAACAGAAUGCAACCGAAGCCGAAGGACGAAGGUUGAAUUUUAGCACAUUUUUUUCUAAAAAAAACCUCCAUUUUUGUACAAAAAAAACCGACGGAGUAGUAUCACAGCCACUGAUUUUAUCUUCCUAGAGUAGUGAGUCAUCACGAGCCUCCAACCCACCCCGGUGACUCUCUCGCGCGUAGAAUUCACAUCCGAAAAUUCCAUUGCGCGCCUUCCACUCGACACGAUGCAAGAUGUGAUGCCAC